UUUACGUGCUUCGCGCUUUGGUGGUGCGAGCCUGUCACCUCAAGUCUAUCGUCAACCAGCAGAUUUCUAAUCCAUCAGCAAUGUCGUCCAGCUGGCUGGCGGGUAUUGUUGCUGAGAAGCUCACUAAUGCCCUGGCCUGGCAAGACGCAAGGCUCAAGGGUGUCAAGUACGAAUUCGACGCUUCUCACUUUUCCGACAAUGGCAGCAAUCUCAAGGUUCAAGUCAAUAUGGCUUCUGGCUCCCUACACGUACUCAAGGUCCAAGGUUCCACUCUGAUCCUCACCGACGGAACAGUGUCUUUGCCGGCAAAAUUCUCGACUGCCACAAGGACGCAGUUCGAGAACCAGUACUCGUGUCGCUAUGCGUCUAUCGAGUCAAAAUCAAUCAUCUCUCAGCCCUUUGCAAUCGUCGCAACACACCUGGGCCCACCAGCUUCCCGGAUCCAACUGGUCGUCUUUAACUUGAGUCUUUCUGAUAUUCCUUUGGACCCUUCGGAUAUUCGGGACAUCGUACCCUUCCAUCAGGUUCCAGUCGUUCAAGAAUUUUUAAAGCGACAACACGAGGUCCACAAGAAAGCUGAAGAACCUGCGCCUGCUACAAGAAGUGCGACAGCAGUUGAGGUGACAGAGAACACUGAUGUAGAUGUGGUCGAAGCUCCUUCCACUUCUGAGAAGACUGCGGAGAGGGCUACGCCGCUCAAACGACCUCUUCCAUCAGCAUCUCCUAAUCGGUCAGGUUCACAUCGAUCUGUUAGACCUCGCAUCUACAAUGAGGAUGAUGAUGUCAUGAUCCAGACAGGGCUCAAUUUACAGCAGCCUGUACAGCUCUCAUCUAACAGCCUCCAACAAAGAGUUCAACUACUGGAUGCUCUGAGAAAGACCAGCGGGGUGAAAGCUUCUACCGCCCUCGAUCAAGCCCUACGAUUGGGUGGAGUUGUGUCUGCACCAAUGGCUCCACCUCCCGUGCCUACUCCCGUCAACGCUCAGGUACAGCCGUUUCUACAACCAGAAUCCCAAUCGCCUUCACAAAACUUCGAAUCUCAAAUUCCUUUGGCUGAACCUGCAGUCAGCAAUCCAGUCACGAGGGACAUCGACAUGGGAGGCACGACGGUCCCGCGGCCUGGGCCAAAAUUCAUGGACCAGAUCGUGCAACCCACCAGCCUACCGAACAACACGCCGACUUCAGCUCAGCCUGAGCUUGAACCACCCGAGACCACACAACCAUCCCUUCCCCGAGGCCGCGUACCUCUACCGUCACAAUGGCAAGCUCUGGCAGCAUCAUUGGGUACAUCCAGUUCACACUUGUUGGACGACAUAUCCUCAGGCGCACCAAGACCACUGCAUAGGGCACCCCCACCGUUGUUCAUCAAAUAUGCACGUAGACCGAUACCAAUUCCGCAAAGAAAGUUACUGGACAAACCUACGUCAUGGUGGCCCUCCAAGCCUGGGACUACAUUUCCUCAUCCCAAUAUUCCAAUUGAGAUCCUGAACAGGAUCGAGGAGAUUGCAGAGCGACGAGAGGCGAAAGGAAAGGCUCGAGCAAGGGAACAACCGCUACAACCGCAGCAGCAAACCGAAGCAGGGCAAAACAUCCCAGCGGGUGAUCCUCGUGUAACACAAGGAACUCAGAGCAGUACGUAUUCCUGGGAAUCAUCUCCGCCGGAACACAGACAGCCGAGGAAUCGCAUGGAUGCAAUUCGACGCUCAACGAACUUGCUUCCGCCAGACAGUAGCGCAGGAGAACCAAUGCAGAUGGAUGAUCCGAUUGAACAAAUACCUUCAAGUCCACCUUCGGGCUCUCUGUCCGAGACGAGCGAACAUUCUGAUGUUGACGAGUAUGCAACACCGAAACCGACUCCGAGACAAUUGCCUUCGUUCCCUCUUUCGUCACCGGAAGAGGAACAAGAUGAGCCAUCUAUGACAAUUCCUGAACCUGGGCCCCACGCUGUUCAGCCACCAGAAUUCGUUCAGGAUAAGACCACUACCGACGAAUCCCAACCUGAUGGGAAAAUUACUCGAGUCAUGCUGUCUGGUCUGGAAGAUCUUCUGAGUCAAUCUAAUGGCGGAGGCAUAGCAGAAGAAGCUCCAAGGAUGUCUCUGCUUCCGGGAGAUGAAGAUCCUCCAGAUCUGCAGGUCCCUACCCAGGCUCCUGCAUCAAUCACUUUAUAUGAGUCAACAACCAUGGAAGACCGGGUUCAGGUUGAUGACAUACCGAUGGUGGAUGACCAAGCUCAGAUCGAUGAUGAAGCAGUCAAGAAAGAUCAUGAUGACACUGCCAUGAACGCCGGGCUUGGAGUCCAAAAGGACACGGAGAUGAACGAUGAGCCGGAGAUUGAAGUUGCAGCAUCUCCGAGGCCUCAAUCCCGAAAGAGGCGGCGGCAGAGCUGGGGCCUUGAGGAAUCGAGAGAAACCACUCGAGAUAUGCAGGCUCGUCUCAAGCGUGAGUUCAUUGAACAGAAGAGGAAGAAUGAAGCACAACUUCGGAGCAAUGAAGUUCAAAACGUUACUGUUGGAGUGCAAGCAACGUCACAAAUACGUGAAGAGGUUAGUAAAGAGCCAGAGCCGGACAUUGAUACACGCGCCCCAGACUUGGCGUCAGAGGCUGAAGCUAUGGAUGUCGACGAACUUCCACUCGGACCUGCUAAUCCAGUCGAGUCCGGUGCUGCUAAGAGGGCUAGUAUCAUUGAAGCAUGGCGUCAAAAGAGUGAUCAGCAAGAGGGUGAGACAGAAGCCGGAGCUUUGGCUGGCGAGACACUCGAGCCUGCGUCAGCUCAAUCGAAUGUCGCUGCUCCUGUAUCGCAUGAGCCUGUUUCUCUCAGAUCCGUUGUUCUCGAGUCUGCCAUUCCUGCCACUACCGUUUCUGAGGAGAGACCUAGAAGCGAAGGAGCUUUAACGGGAGCUAUAAGGGACUUACCCUCCACACAACGCGGUCUACAACUCACACACAGUCCCGCAGGGUCAUCUGGAACCAAGGUUGGAGAGAAGUUACCCAUAGACAGCCCGGAUUUUCGAUCGCGACCAGGUCUCUCUAAGGGUCACUCGAAUACAUCGACGCUAAAAUCCAAACAGGUACUCACAGACAAACAAAUGCUAAUAAACCGUAAGUGGAUCACGAGAGGCAAAUUCGACGCUCCAUCAACGGCUCUAUGGGUGGGAUCACUGCCUGCAGAAUUCAACGAUCCAAAACUUCAUGAUUUGUUUUCAGAGUUCAACCCUACCUCUGCAGCUGCAAAGACUGAAUUUGGCUUCGUCAACUUUGCCGAUGUGGACACGGCACGUAGUGCACUCGAAGCUAGGCAUGGCUUGAUCCUGAAUGGAAAGAAGAUCAGAUGCAACUUUGGUAGAGCUUCGACAGGGAGGAGCCAAGCGGCGCCGGAUCCCGUGGCCCCUGCGCCGCUACCCACGCUGGAAGAUCUUUACUAUGAGAUGUGCGAAAAGCGCAACUAUAAAGGCAACAGAACGGCCUUUGAGAAGUAUUGCAAGAUUCUGCACAAAUCUUCUAAUAUCCCGUUAGGAUUUUGGGACGAUUAUGUGGUCUUGCAGCCUGCCAGAUUUCUGCCAUACGCCAACCGAAGCAUCUCUAACGGUGAUGAUCCUGUUGACUACGACACAUAUUGGCGCGAGACGCUUCAGCAGGAUGUCACACCUGAACUUUUUCCUGUGUUGACUCCAGCCAAGCUUGAAGCUGUUUUCAAUAAAAGGCCUUUGCCUCCUCAAGCGCUCAGACCUAGCGCGCAUCAACCUCCACAAUUGACGCCAGGUGCACACCGAUCAGUGCCACCGCUUAUCCAACAAACACCAUCUUCAGUAUCUCCCACUUCUCGGCCGGCGCCGGCAUCUAGGGACUUGAGAAGAUCUGUCGUAGAGCGCAGAGCCCAGACGGCGACCGACCUACCUCGCCCGAUCAUAUCUCAGCAGCCUGAAUGGUUGCUGAACAUACCAGAACCUGACAGAACGUCAAAGUGGUUGCUUCAUAACUUUGUUGGAGAUAAGCAAGCUUGUAUGGUUCAAUCACAUCUCUUUGAAUUGUACAAGACUUCUUUCUCGGUCAAAGGCUGCGAUGAGCCCUUGAUGCAGGGAGGUUUGUUUAUUCCAGAGAUAGGCAAGACCUUCCCAACUCACACCAUAAAGCGACCCAAUGAGAAGGGAGAGGACGUUUUCUACAUCUACGGUGUUCGUGCCAAGCGAUUAUUACCGAGAGGAUCUGAUGCGGGAUCACCUUCACCUGGAGAGUUCAAGAUUAAAGGCAUCUCUGCUUCGAGCCCUCUUGAGGGUCGAAGUCGUAUCGAACUGCCCUCUUCCACUCUUCCAUCUCGGCGGGAGCUCAUUGCCGCCUCCGCAAGCGAUAGAGAUGGCAGAUCCAGAAGGUCUCUCCCCUUUAAUGAGCAACGUCAAUCGAGGUCACGUUCACCACCGCGCAUGCCCACCAUGCCUAAAGGAGUUCCCAAGGGUAAGCUCUCUUCUAGAGGUCCUGUUGAAAUUCGCGAGGUAUCACAUUUCUGUUUUUUCAGAUGGUCCUCAUUACUAAACAUUGUGUCGUCUUUGAUACUAACUUUUCUCAAUGCAGGACCUCGACGGCGAUUCUGAUACGCCUGUGCAUAGGAAAUUUUGGCAGAACUAUCACUCGCUGGGUAGCGUGACAAAGAAAGGGAACGCCUUCUCUGAGCGUGAUUGAG